UAUAAGUACUGCGAUAAUCGAAUUCCGAAUCGCAGGAGCAUCGCUGAGUUGAUCGGAUGCGUAUCGAGCAGUUUGAAUCCGCGGGAUACGUAGUGAUGCGAUUUCGGCCCGUCAGAUAUCGAGCGAGAAUGCGCGAAGUUUCUCGACCGAGGUCGAACGUGUCGGUGCCGAUCCCCGACGUCGGGAACCAAGCGAACAUCUCAAUGAAUCACGCUCGGCCCCAGUGACCGUCGCUCUCACGAUGUAAUUACGCGGCCCGCGAUUACGGACAUGGAUUACGACGAGGAUUUGUCGGAGAACGAGUUCUUGCGUGAGCUCAGGCAACACCACGAAGCCACGCUCCAGCAGGUUAUCCAGGAGGGCUGGAUCGUCUGCGUGCCGCGCAGUGGGAGCUUCAGCAACCGUAAGUUCCAGAAAGACGAGAUCAAUGCUCACGUACUGGUCCCCAGGCAAGACCUCUUCACCGCGCAAUUCGACAGCCUGGAUGGCAAGGAGAUCCUGCUCGUGGACAGGAUCCUGACCGUCAAGCAUGACGCUCAGCAAUACUCUACACGCUUGCUCUUCGAGGAGACCUUUUACAACAGCGAUCUACGCAAAUACUGCGUUUGGUGCAUAGAACAGCCCUUGGAAACUAGCAUGUGUAUUUCGGACAACUGUACGAGCAAGAUCACCAAUCUCCAGGAAGCGGUGAACUUCCUGCAGAUGGAACUGCUGGAGAAAGAGCUGCGCAGUGACUUUGAAGUGAAGAUCAAGGACUUUCUGUACCACAACAAGGAUCUAAACAGCGUGCCGAUGCAGGCGCAAAGGGAGCUGGUGUACAGCUUGUACACAGACUGUCUCAGGACACUGCUUGAGCACGCGGCGCCGCGGGAGAAGGCGCUCGGCAGCGGGUAUUACUAUUGGAGCAUACGAGUGUCGCUGGAGACGUACAUCCUCUACAUCCUGCGGCGCGUGCUGUUGAAGUCGCUGUCCGCCGGCACCGCGGCCGAGGACGCGGCCCUGAACAAGAUCACGCGAAAUCUGAGCGAGAUCCGCUUGGACGACCUCCGAAUCCGCUCGGACUUACAGUCGCGCGUCGAUGGCGCGAGACUGGAGCUGUCGCGUUUGGACUGCUUCGUGACCGUGUUGGGCAAGAUCGAGUGCCUCAGGCGCACCGUGAACCACGUGUCUCACGGGAGCUCGUCGGUCGUCUCGUCGGACGAUCUAUUGCCGGUGCUCGUCUACCUGGUCAUCAAAGCCGGACUCUCGAACUGGAUGGCACAGCUGGCCUUCAUGCAGCAGUUCCGUUUCUCCGCGAGAUCCGUCCACGAGACGGACGAGGGCAGCUUCCUGAUCACGUCGCUGGAGGCGGCGAUAGAGCACGUCAGGUCCGGGGCGAUCUCGAGGAGCGUCCCGAUCAGCCCGGAUCCGAGGAAGCCGACGACGAAGAAGCGCGCGACGUCGGAACAGCAGCCGUCCGCGGCCGAGCGGCUGUUCGCGUGCAUCGAGAAGGGCGAACUGGCCGAGGUCCAGAUGAUGCUGGCCCGCGACGAGUCCGGGCAGCCGUCCGACACCGCCCUCUGCCAUCCCCUGUGCACGUGCGCGUCCUGCGAGCGCAGCUGGGCGCACCAACGGGACCUGAGGACGUGUCCCAAGGACGAGCGGGGCUUCACUCCGCUGCACAUGGCGGUGCUCUGCAACCAGAUUGCGAUCGUGGACUACCUGCUCGACCACGAGAUAGACAUCGACGUAGCCGACUCCGACGGGCUGACUGCGCUCCACCACGCCUGCAUCCGCGGCCACCAGGGCGUCCUGCUGCACAUGCUGCACGCGAACGCAGACCCGACGGUGACCGACUCCACCGGCAACACACCGCUGCACUGCGCGACCGAGCGCGGCCACGAGAGCUGCGUGAAAGCGUUGCUCUACCUGUCGGAACAGAUGAAGGUGCCGGUGGACGUGAACGCCGGGAACGAGAACGGCGACACGGCGCUGCACCUCGCCGCCAAAUGGGGUUACGUCCUGAUCGUGCGGAUCCUCUUGGAGUGCGGCGCCAACUGCAGGCUGACCAAUCGGAAGGGCCAGACGCCGCUCACGGUUACUUACAGCAGGUACAUCGGCAAGCUGCUCGAGUACUACGCCAACGUCUGCUGUGAUUCCUCGCAGCCCCGCACGGGGCCGCAGGUCGCGCAGAAGUCGAAGCAGAGCGGCCAGCCGCAUCCUGAGCACCGGACGAUAGACCGGCUGCUGGCCGCCAUCGUCGAGGGCGACACGUGCCUGGCCUGCUACUACCUGGGCCUGGAGGUUUACCGCGAACGAUUGCCGGACGUGCGGUGCGCCAACGGCAUGUGCCACCCGCUGUGCGACUGUGAACGGUGCUCGGCGAUCGGCGAGACCCUGCUGGAACGCUGCAAGCGCAGACGCGCCCUCGCGAUCAACGUGUGCAACAGCCUAGGCGAGACCGCGCUGCACGUAGCCGCGGCGACUGGGCGCACCGAGAUGGUGCGACUGCUGCUGGACGCCGGGGCGAACGUAAACGUGACGACCGCGUCCGAGGGCCGCACUCCGCUGCAUCUGGCCUGCCUCAACGGCAACGUCGACUCGGUCAGGUUGCUGUUGAACUGCGCGACCUGCUACCUGGACGCCCAGGACUACGACGGCAACACGCCCCUGCACCUGGUCAGCCAAGCCGGCAACGCAAAGCUCGUCGGCCUGCUGCUGAGGCAGGGCGCCAACGUCGACGCCCGCAACCGGCACGACAUGACGCCGCUGCGGCAGCUCGAGCUCGAGAUGUCCGGCGUGCUCUCCGCGAAUUACGGCGACGUGCUGAAGAUGCUCAAGCGAAACUCCCAGCCGUCGUCGUCCUCCUCCUCGUCCUUCGACGAUUGAUUCCUCCGUCUCAAACUCGCAGCGGAGCAAACGCUUUUAUUUCUCUAUCUCCUCCUUUCGGUACCUCAUAGAUAGUGCGUUUUUUUUCUUUGUUAUCGUAGUUGUCUUUCUUAACUUAAUGCUACUGAUAAAACGUGACUUCGCCCUAGUGAGAUUCCAUUCCCGUCUCAGUAUGUCGCACCGGUAAUGCCGUGCCAAUCGUAAGUCCGAGGACGAUAUUCACAGUCGGAUCUUAUAUUCACCCUGCUGUAGCGUUCGGGUCUACCUGGCCUAAGGCUGGAUCUACAAUAGGGUUUUAAGUCUUAAGAAAUUGAUCAAUCACAAUUGAUUAUUCUUCUGUAAUUCGAUUGUGAUCGGUCAAUUUCUCGAGACUUAGGAUUUAAAACACCUGUUGUAGACCAGGACUGAUGCUGCGUUGAAACUUCCUUUUCCCCUUCAUCGCUGGAUUAAACACUUGUGUCUCAUUCUAAAGACGGAAAGUGCGAUCUAGUUCGGUCAAAAUGAGCAAACUUGUUGGCUACGAAACGUCUAAAGAUGAGCUUGAUGUUAAAUAUAAUACUAAAUAUAAGAUUUGACUGUGAAUAACCGAUCUAGAUAUCUCGCGCGAAAUCUUGUUGCGCGAGACUUCUCUCUUAAAAAUCGCUUGCGGUCGCACCGUGUCGUUACCUUGGCCAUGUUCGUGCCGUGCAAUAGUACUCGUAGUGAGAAUAAAUGAAAUGUCAUAUAAUGAGUCAAAUCAAAUAGUUUUAUAUAUAUUUUGUUAUAUAUAAUAUUUAUAUAGAAUAUAUACAUACAUAUAAUAUAUACACACACGCACACACAGAAUACACAUGUGGAAGACUGUAUUUAAAGCAAUAAGAUUUUUAAAUUAUUUAUUUUAUAUGUGUGAGGUGAAGUUUAUACAUACGUGAAUAAGUACGAUUUGCGUUUUAUGUGUUUUCCUCAGUCAGACGUUUUGUCAUGAUCAUUCCGUUUUCCAGUUUGAGAUUUGUGAGUCCGAACAACGCUUGUAUCCGCCGCUAAAUACAAAUCGCCAAUGACUUCAGGCAACGUUCUCCAGCACGAAGCUAGGAGACCUUUGCCUCGUAUGUAUUAUUAGCCACUGAAGUGUCUUCGUCUCUUAAAAUCACGGUUUACUAAUCGCUAUGUACGCACGUGAUAAUAAAAAGGA